ACGGCGGCUGCAUCUCCAGCAGCAGCAGCAACUUCAGUGGCAUCAGCACCACUUUCACAAGCAGCACCCAAGCCCCCUGCCACCGCAUCCAAGACCUGAGAAGGAGGCAAGGCAGCAAGAUCCAGGCAUCCAAGACCUGAGAAGGAGGCAAGGCAGCAAGGUCCAGCAGCCACCCACUGCCCAGCAGGGACUCCUUGUGCCAUGGCCACUGCCAGUGCCCUUGAAAGCCUGCAGGUGGAAGCCAGCUGCUCCAUCUGCCUGGACUACCUGAACGACCCGGUGACCAUCGACUGCGGGCAUAACUUCUGCCGGGCGUGCAUCGCCCGCUGCUGGGAGGACCAGGAGGCCCACUUCCCCUGCCCGGUCUGCAGGCGCCGCUUCCAGCUGAGGAACUUCAGGACCAACCGCCAGCUGGGCAACGUGGCGGAGAUCGCCAAGCAGCUCAAGGCCAAGAAGAGCAAGAGGAAGAGGCGGGAAGAGACGGUGUGUGAGAAGCACCACCAGGCCCUGAGCCUCUUCUGCGAGAAGGAUCAGGAGGUCGUGUGCUUGGCCUGCCGCAUCUCCUGCGACCACCGGGAUCACAACGUGCGGCCCGUCGACAAGGCGGCCCCGUCUCACAAGAAGAGGCUCAGGGGUUACCUCGGCCCCCUGAGAAGGCAGGUGGAGGACGUGCGCAAGUUCAUCUCCAGCGAGCAGAGAAAGCCGGGAGCGCUCAGGGAGAAGGUGGAGAGCCGGAGGCAGAAAUUAGCCUCCGAGUUCGAGAAACUUCACCAGUUUCUCAACGAGGAACAGCAAGCCGUUCUCAGGAGACUGGAAGAUGAAGAAAAGGAGAUUCUGCAGAAACUGAGCGAGAACGUCACCAAGCUUUCCGACCACAGCUCCUCACUGAAUAAACUGAUAAGUGAGAUCGAGGAGAGGUCUCAGCAGUCGGCGGUGGAAUUGCUGAAGGGGAUAAAAAGUACCCUGAGCAGGUGUGAAAAUAUCAAAAUCCCAGCAGCGGUCUCUAUUGAGUUGAAGAAAGACAUGUGCAGUUUUCCUUUACAACAUUUUGCUCUCAAGAAAAUGAUCAGAAAAUUUAAAGUGGAUGUAACUCUGGAUCCCGAAACGGCACAUCCCAACCUGAUCCUCUCCGAGGACCGGAAGAGCGUCAGAUUUGGGGACACAAAACAGGAUCUCCCCGACAAUCCCGAGAGAUUCACCUAUUAUCCGUUCGUCCUGGGUUCCGAGGGAUUUGCGUCGGGCAGGCAUUACUGGGAAGUGGAAGUGGGUGACAAAACCCAGUGGACCUUGGGGGUUUGCAGAGACUCCGUGAUCAGGAAAGGAAAGAUCACACCGUCACCCCAGGGUGGCUACUGGAGGUUACGGCUGUGGAAUAAAGACGUAUAUGCAGCCCUCACUUCCAACCCGACACCGCUUCUCUUAAGAGUCAAGCCUAGACGGAUUGGAAUUUUUCUGGACUACGAGUUGGGCGAGGUGUCCUUUUACAAUUUGAACGAUAGAUCUCACAUCUAUACUUUCACUGAGACUUUCACAGAAAAACUUCGCCCUUUUUUUUACCCUGGAGUGCAUUCAACUCCUCUAAUAAUCAGACCGGUAACAGAUUGGGAAUGAGGAACUGAACGACCUUAGUGGUUUUCAGUUCACUUUCUUUUUUCCAUCCUGUUUUCGUGGGGGAGGCUAACGAGGGCAGUCCUGUAACUGGGCCGGGAAUUGGGAGCUGACAUUUGGGAUAAAGGGUGUUUUCAUGGCUCCAACCCUUACUCCUGUGACAAGCCGUGACCUCUUUCUGCUUUCGCUGCAACAGAAGGACAGAAAUGUCAAAAUCUACCUCACUGGGGAUGUUUGGGAUGAAUCAAUUCAUAAAGUGACUCUGAGAUCCUUAAAGGAAACACAUCUGUAGAAUGGCAUAAUAUUUGCAAAGUUUAAAAAUACUGAAUGGCUCCAAACCUUUCAAAUCCAUCCUCCCAUUUUCCCCCACUUCUUUUGCCCCCGAUCAUCUCUCUUUAUCAAAGUACAGCACAUUUAUGAUUUUCCUAUUUGUAAUUUAUUGACUACCUUCAUUACUUACACAACACGUGGAAAAAAAGAGGAUGGGAAAUACUCCGUAGCCUGGAAAGACACAUCUGAAAGACAGUUCAAAAGGGCUUUGAAGUUUGAAGAAACCUAGCUUCUAGAUGGACCAGACCAGUGGUUCUCCAGUGUGGCCAACAAAAUAAUAAAAAACUGAUC